GGUGACAGCAGGAUCAGCCUGAGAUGAGCCACCUGUAACUGGGGCCGGCCUCGUUGCCAGGGCUCCCUGCCCCACAAGGAUGAGGAGCUGUCUGCCAGCCUAACAGCAAGGUUUGGUGGUUGUUUUAUUUUCCCCAAACCUCGUGACGUUUCAUGUGACAGCGGAGCCGUUUCCUGCACCGUCCUUGCGCCACCUCACAGCCAAGGGCUUGGUGGGGCAGGGCCACCGCCAUGGCGGCGAAGCAGCCCCCGCCGCUGAUGAAGAAGCACAGCCAGACCGACCUGGUGAGCAGGCUGAAGACACGCAAGAUCCUGGGYGUCGGCGGGGAGGAUGACGACGGCGAGGUCCAUCGCUCAAAGAUUAGCCAAGUACUGGGAAAUGAAAUCAAGUUUGCAGUCCGGGAACCACUGGGACUCAGGGUCUGGCAGCUGGUUUCCGCCGUCAUGUUUUCCGGGGUCGCCAUCAUGGCCCUCGCUUUCCCUGACCAGCUGUUCGAUGCCAUCUUUGAGGAGGAAUCGGUGAGCAGCAAGACUCCCAUCCGGCUCUAUGGAGGAGCCCUCCUCAGCAUCGCGCUCAUCAUGUGGAACGCCCUGUACACCGCCGAGAAGGCCAUCAUCCGCUGGAGCCUGCUGGCCGAGGCCUGCUAUUUCGCCGUGCAGUUCCUGGUUACCACUGUCACGCUGGUUGAAAGUAGCCGGAUAGCCACGGGUGCCAUGCUCCUCCUGGUCAGCCGAGCCCUCUUCAUCCUCAUCAGCAUUUAUUAUUAUUACCAAGUUGGACGUCGUCCCAAGAAAGUCUAAUUCCUGGGCUUUUUGUUAUGGGAAAGGUGGGAGGGGGGAGUUUGUGUCGGUAAUUAUGAAUUAUAAUUUUUUUUCUUUUUUCUUUUUUUUUUUUGUUAGUCCCUUUUGGUUCUAAAGUAGUUUCCUUCUUUACCGGCAUGAAUCAGUGUGUAACCCAGUGCUGGUGGCAUUGCCAGGUGAAAUGGGGGGAGCAACAUUGAGAGGACCCCCCAGCCCUUCUGCAGGAGGUGAGGAGCAGCGGGAGGAAGGCUCAGGGAAGUGUAUGGGCCUGGCAGGCUCAGGGAAAAAAAGCCAGAUUUCUGGGUGGAGCUGGCCGAAGGGAUCACAGGCUCUGAACCCGCUGGAGCAAAGCACAAAAUAAGGCCAGCAUAUUUAAASCAAAUCCCUGAGGAGACAGGGGACAAAGGACUCGGCUAUUCUACUUGGUAAACCUUGCACCUCCCUGAUUUACAGCCCGUUCCCCUUUUAGCAAGUACUGACUGUCUAGGUAGCUGGGAGCUGGAUGGGAUCAAGUUCAGUGCUUUGCAAACUGCUCUUCUUUCCUUGCUGCCAGCGGUGCAUUUUUGUAUAGUUCCUAGUUUUGCACCUGAUGCUUGGCAGGAGAUACAGCAAAAGAAGAGAGAGAACCCUAGCUUGUUCCCUCUGCAGGGAUAGCACUGGGAUCAGUGGAGCAACUCGAUUUACAAGAUGAGAGAAGUGAAGGAAGCUAUUGGAAAUAGCCCAUUGAGCACAAAGACAUCCCCUUGUUUGGGGUGUUCCAUGAAGUUUUUAGGCUGGGGUCCUGUCCCCUUCACCCCAGAGCACUUCCUACAGCAGCAGCUUUACUGAUGGUGGUGGCACUGGUGGGUGUGCAGUAGCACCUGAUGCUUUAGUGAGUGGGGGCUGGAGUGCUGCCGUGGUUGGUGCAACCAGGAAUGCACGACUGUAGCAGUGAGGGCAUCUGUACACAUGCUUGAUCAGUGAGCAGCCUCUAGAGAUGGGCCCUGGCUGUGGGAGAUGGUGUUCCAACUCUGCUAAUACCUGCAGGUAUCACAUCUCUUCUGACCUUGAGAAGAGGAGACCAAAGUUUGUAGCAUUAGGAUAUUUAAUAUUUAACUGGGGUGAGGAACAGCAAGGAGUGGAGCAUGUGAAGGCAAGGACAGACUCGGUGUGCUUUAGUAGUCACUGGCCAGUUUCUCCARUACCUCCUGGGCUUCAUGGCGUUGACUGCCCUACUUCCUAGUGCUUUCCUGGUGGAUUAUUCCUGUCCACAGCUUAAGGCAGCAUUUUUUAUUCUCCAUGGGACUAAAGCCAGAAGGUCUGUGUACAGGAUAUAGACUUCUCUUACUCAUGCACUACUGUUGACUGGAUCAAAGCAUGCCCUGGAAUAUAGCUGACGUUCCAAAAUCCCAGUAGAAAGAUUCCUACACAAACAGAACUGCUUGUGUGAACAACAGUCCUCAAGCCACUGGUAAGACUGGGAUCUACAGCUAUUGCUAUUUAAUAUCUUUGUAGAGUUAGAAGAAGGUAGUGGGUAGUUAUUGUAUGUUGUGUUAGUGCUUUUGGCAUUUAGAAGCAGCUGCAUAAGCUUGGGACACUGUGUGCAUUGUACUUACUGGCCAUGCAAAAUGUCUAUCACAUAAGAAUAUUGGAAAUUGUUGAAUCAGGAAACAUCACAACUGUAACUUAGUUUUUUGCCUAAUAAGUAAAUCAAAUGGAGGGGCAACAUCCAACAGCAGGCUAAAUUCUGGAACCUCACGACAAUACACRCUUGUCAAGCUGCUUUCAGCAUGUCCAAAAAUGAUACUGAAUAACUAAAACGUUUAAUUAAGAGGAGUGUUCCUGUUCAGGUGGAAAAAUUUGGCUCUAAGAGGGAAGGAAACCUUUCCUUGUGAGGCAGGUAAUGAGCAAAUGCAGGCUGGAGAAUAUCAGAAAUUAGACCAAGUGGUGCAGCAUGCAGGAGCUGGAGCAUGGCAUGCUGUGGCUGUUGCUCUCCCCCUGUGCAUCUCCUGCAUGGGCAGCUGCAAUGGCCUCAGUGUGGCACUUUGGCUGUAGUUGUGGGUAUAGGUACGUGAAGCUUGAUUUUUUGUGUUUUGGGGCGUCACAUGAAUGUAUACACAGAUUGAUGGUUGGUUUUUGGGGGGGUGGGAAAUCCUGUUUCUGGGACAGACAAGUAAAGCCUACCACAGCAAAAGCAAUCUUACAGAAGAAGGAAAUGGAGGGUCUUAAUGCUGCCUCCCAUCUGUGUUGGCCACAGUUCCUAUGAACUUAAUAAUUACUUGGGUCUGAUUAGCAUACCUUAGAAUGUCAUCCUGUAGGUGAGAGAAAUGAGUUACUGCACUAUGUGAGAGCAGUACUCCAAAGACUCCUUGAUGGUUAGAUCAGGUGCGAAGGUGGGGGAAGGAGUUGCAGCUUUCCAGAUUUUUAAAUAAGGUGAGAUCAGAUUCUUCUGGUCCCCUGAUUACCAGCUGCAUCUGCAAAACUUGAAACAGYCAGCCACUUCUAGGUUUGGCAGUCAGUGGCUUUUUCUGCUCCAACAGAACAAAACCUGGGGAAGUGGCCGCUUAAAAGAUUCCAUGCUAUGUGGUAUGUAGUCCUCAAAGCAGAGRGAUGUAGUUUUAUUUUGAAGCUUCUUGCUCCAUCUUUCUAUAAGUGGACCGUGUAGAAAAUAUGGAACUCUACACCUCYUCUACAAUGAAGCUGUGGUUCCUGCCAUGUCUCUUCUGCAGCAAGGUGCUUGCUGGAGGAGAAACAUUGCCAGGCCCACUGGAGGUGAUGAGUGUGUAGCAG